CGUCGAUUAUUACAUUGCUCGUCGCCGCAAUUUUCCGCUACCAGAUAUGGCACGAUUCGCCCAGCUCAUCUCUGAACGUUUUCCUCCGGAAAUCCCGGAAAUCUACUAUAAUCCACGAGACUAUAAGGCGAACAAAAAAAACCCAUCGGGUUUAAUUUAUGAUCGUUUCCACAAUAGACACAAGAAGACUUUGGUUAAGAACAAGCGUGUAAACGUCUUGCAAAAUUUGCAUUCCAAAGCAUUGGAACUUUCGGCUGCAGAGGUUGAAAGACUGACGGCUUUCAGAAACUGGAUGCGUAAUAAUUCAGAACCCGGCGAAAAAGUUUUUCAACAGUGGAAAGAGUGCUUUUUGCUGCGUCUUAGGAGUAUUCUAAAAGACGAAGAUGUCAGCCAAAAAUCGAAGGGGAUGCGUGACGCGAUGCCAAAAGUGCUGGACAGUGACACUGAAUCGGAGAUACCAGCCAGUAUACAGAGUAACAACAACAGCGAACCUAACACGGACAAUGAGGAUAAACCGGAAGUGGACGCCCUACCGUCGCUGGGCUCGCAGAUUGCUCCGACGACAAAUGGGAAUAUCAGCGAUACGGAUAGUACCGCAAGUACCCCAAGCAAUGCCCGACUAGCGGUCAAUAGAAUUGACCAAAACAGCACCGGAUCGAGUCUUCCACCGUCAUCAUCAGCAGUAGCAACAGGAGCAGUGCGUGCACCAACUCCUCCCAUAGUUACCAACGGUAGUAAUAAUCCAGCCAGCAACAGCUCUAGUAAUCCUACAGGCCACGGCAAUAACAGUUCAGCUGCUGUACCGCCCGUGAGAUCAUCGUCAGCCUUAUCCGGGUCAUCAUCAUCUGCAGCAGCGACCAUCGCCAGCGAGCGAGUAAAAAAGUACCGUCAUCAACACUUCAGUAAGAACAUCUAUAUCGGGACGAAAAAUGCGGAAAAAUGGGACACUUUACGAAAUCUGUUGCAGUUUAAGAACGAUGUGGAAUUUGUUUCGUUUCUGCUCCGACUGGCCGAAUUAGAUGACCGAAAAAGGAAAACUCGACUUCUGAAUGGGAUGCCGGACGACAGUGAAUCCUUGCGCGAUACGCUACCGAGUGUAUUAUCAAGCUCAAAGCACAACCAACAAAAUGGGAAACCUAGUGCUAAGAAAACCAAGAGAGUACAAUUUCAGGACAGUGUAAAUAUCAUCAACGAUAGUAGCACCACUAACACACUGCGUACGGCGGGUGCCGGUGGGGUUUUCGAUUUUCACGAAGACGAAGAUGACAAUGAGGAAGCGGGGGGAAUCGAGUUUCGUCGCCGACGGCAUCGGCCGCAACCACCGUUGCGUUCGCCACAGCCUCCUGGAGAGGACGAUCGCCGAGACGAAGAGGCAGCUGCAGAUGGUGGAGAUGAAGACGAGGAGCAGUACAUCGUACAAAAUAUCAUCAAGAAACUACCUGGAAGAGCAGGCCAAGCCAACGAGGUGCAACAGGACUCUAUUAGCAGUACGAUGGGGUCCGUUUCCGAGGAUUCACUGCAUACGGAAACGGAAGUACUUGACUACCGUAUUGCCGAGAAGAUAAAAACUGAACUAGAGGAAAAGCAAAAACUGGAGAGAAAAUCCUUUACAGAAGAGUUACCAUCUACUUCCAACUACUCGGAACAAUCGGAUCGUCCAUCUGACGAUGAAACGUACGAUAGCAAGUUGGAUAUCAAAAAGAUAGACAUUAGGAAGAUACCAUAUGAUCCAAAGUUGGGAACAAGUAGAAAAAUGAAGCGGGAAAGUGGAUCGGUAGAUCUGCGUAUCGAAUAUGAAGAGCAAGAAUACGGUCGCCUGACACCGGAUGAGCGUAAACCGUUGUUACCACCGCCUAAGAAGCCUAGAAAGGCAGCUACAACGAAAUACAAGGCCUGUACAGGGUGUGGCUUAAAACAUGGAGUUGAUCCAUGUCCUUUAAAUACCCCGUUGGCCGUUAUCAAUAACAAAAUCGAGCUUAAAGAAUGGUUAGAGCAAAAUGAGGAUCUAAUCAAAAAGCAUAAAAUCGUGUUGAAACCAGAAAACCCAGAAGAAAUGGACGACGAAAACGACGAUAACUAUGAUGACGAUGAUGAUGAAGACGAAGGAGACGAAAACGAAGAAAACCAAUUCGAGGAGAAACUGGACAUUCUGCCUUCAUUUUCCGAAACAUCUCUUCCGUCGGAGUUUGAGUUGCGCCUGGCACCAGUGGCAACGACUGUCACCUCUGCUGCAGUCAGUAGUGUUGCCAGCAAUAAUCAGUCACUAUCACUGGAUCUAAAUGAAUCAUCUCCCUCAGAGGGCAACUCAGCAACUCCGCAGUGCGAACUCCAGCAAUCACUGCUUCCGUCGGCCACGGGUACGAUCACAAACACAGUCAACCAUGGACUUAGUAUAUACACUAAGGUAUUCAUCCCCAAAUACACACAACUGGGGCCAGUUAUCGGCCAGAUAGCUAAAGAAACCGAGAUUCAAGACGAUUGUAACAUGCGCUACAUCUAUGAAACGUUCAACGGAACUAGGUCUACUUAUAUCAACAUGGAAAAUAAAAACCAAGCAAACUGGCUAAGAUACCUGCGGCCAGCUCGACAUCGUGAUCAGAAAAAUUGCGUACUGAAAGUUCGCGAUAUGCAGAUAGUGUUUGUAACCUGCACGGAUCUGGAUGUCGGCAGCGAACUGCUCUAUUGGAGUGAUGAUUCCAACUCGGCGUGGGGAAAGAAAAAAAUGGAAAAGACAAAUUGUGGUGGAUGUAAUCUUCGUUUUGACCAUCCUCUGUACUACCGAACACAUUGUUCGGUGUUCCACGAUCCAGCUUUCAGUCUGACAAUACGAAAGUAUCACUGUAAGGUGUGUGGAGUCGCUGUACUGGGCAAGGAAAACAUUAUGAAGCAUGCCGAAAAAGAGCAUGACGGCAAGGGGGCUUAUCAGUGUCAGUUCUGUCAGAAGUUCUUCUUACGCCUUAACUAUCUGGAAAUGCAUCGAACAUACGGGUGUAGUAUGAAUCCUCAGCGGGCACGACCGCUUUGCGAUUUUUGUGGCCGUAAAUUCUGCCAGCCGCAGAAACUUAAGGUUCACAUCAAGCGAAUGCACAGCGACAUGGCGGAAGUGUUGCGUGAUUUUCAAUGCAAGCUGUGCUCUAAACUGCUCGGUUCUCGGGCGGCCCUGCAACGGCACUCGAAGGAAGUACACAGUCGAAAUUCAGCGGUAGUAAGCUGUCCUCGCUGCCAAAAACUGUUUCAAAACAGAAGCAACCUGAAAAUCCACAUGCUGACUCACUCUGGAGUACGACCAUUCAAGUGUGCCGAAAAUGAAUGCUCGGCAGCAUUCACGACGAAGCAGUGUCUCCAGUUCCACUACAAAAAGGUUCAUGGAUAUACUCAGGAACAGAUGCCGAAAAUUGAGCGCAGUGUUGCGUACACCUUCGACGCGUAUUCUGGUGGUAUGAAUGAUGGAUUGGUUGAUCUCAUUUUAGAUGGCAUCCAGCGUCGGCAGCGUCGAAAGCUAGAACCAGGAGAGGAAGGUCAACCAAUAGGACCAGGUGAGAAACGAAAACGUCCACCAAAAGAGCUACCUGGCAACAUUCUCAAGACGAAAAACAUCCUGGAAUCAUUCAACGAAAUCUGCAAAAACGAUAGCAAUCUUUCAUUACUGUCGACGAAAAUCUCUUCGAUUCUAAACGGAAAUCUUAAGGAUUUCACCAAAGUGCCCAGUGGUGUACCUGGUCUGGAAGGAGAUGGUGUGCGUAAAGAAGAGCUGGACGAUGAUCUGGAUUCAAACGAUUGUGCUGAGCGGGACGAACGUCUAGAGGCAAUUCAACGGCACUUGAACCAACCCAUGCAAGAUGACAAAAACGAUGACUUCAGUCAGUUGCAAUCCCGUCUAGCUAACAUAUCAAGUCAAAGUGAACACUUUAAAUUAGCCAAUGGUGAAGAUGAAAAACCACUAACCGACAGUGAUGGCUUUGGAGAUCUGAAUUCAUUGGCUGCCAGUCAAAAGUACAAAGACUUCAUUAACGGCGGUAACCCCGGAUUGGUAAUCAGCAAGGGUAGUAAAAAGUGGAUUAGUGAUGAUGAUCACUUGCCAGAUGAUAAUAAUUCCGAUAACAUGCUUACUUCAGCCGCCAAUAGAGACUUUCUUACAAAAUUGAUAAUGAAUGGCCAUGGCACCUCAGCAUCCCAUGCUGCUGAUGACGAUGAAGAUGACGAUGACAAUUCAACAAUUUUGGACGUAGUUGACUCUAACAAUCAGAAUCAGCAAAAUCCGAACGCACAAUCUCAUCAGCAGUCUCAUCACCAUCAGCAGCAGCAGCAGCAACAACAGCAACAGUAUACGUCGAGCUUCGCAGGAUUAAAUAGUUCGCUGCCAGAUUUGCCAGCAUUCCAAAGCCACAAUUUCUCAACACAUUUCAACCACCAGUCCCUGCUAGGAAGUUUUUACAACAGCAACAGUGGAGUUUCUGGCCGCAAUGCUGGAAUUAAUACCAUCCCAACAUCUGCCAGUAUGCUGGUGGAAGCCGCUCUGAACUCAGUGAGCAAUAUAAUAAACGAAGCGGAAAUGAACAACAAUAACAACGAAAAUCAGGAUCUUCACAUGGGCGAUAUCGAUGGUACGGAUGGAACGGGUGCAGAUAACAACUUACAAAGUGAUUCCUUUGCGACCAAUGAAGUAAACAGUGCUGUCGAUGACAUGAAAAUGAUGAAACCUCAUAACUUCCCGCUUCCAAUGAAUUCCAUGUCGCAAUUUGCUACUCAAUCACCGGACGACGCUAGCAUGAUACAAGAACGUAACGAAAUCGAAGUAGUUCGACCCAAAUCACGUGACAAGCUUACAAAUUACGGUGAGGGAGAAAUUCUUGGCUACGAUAAUCAACAGCAGCAAUCGACGCCGCAUAAGCAUAACCCGAGCGUCGAGUCAGUUCGGAGUGCAUUGUCGCCAGAACAGAACGACUUCAACUACUCCAACUCCAACGGAGCAGCUCAACGACAGCAGCAACAAAUCGCUACAAAUUCCCCAGCACGAUCAAGUUCUCGGCCAAUGUACGCGGAGCACGAUCUUAUAUCGCCGGCAUCUACGCCUUCUCUGCCGCGGUAUGACUUUGGAACAGACAACAGUGGUUACGUGCGCAGACAGGAAAAAACCAUAAGUUCACUGGCUCUGGAAAACUUUGAGGCUAAUCUGAAAGCCAGCAAUCACCAUAUGCCACACUUAUCCAGCGAUGAAGACAGUAGCAUCGUGAUUGCGGAGAAUCUCUCGGUGAAUGCCAACAGUACCGAAGGGAAAAUAAAAUUGAAUAAUCAUAAUUCGACCACUGAUUUUAUGGGUUCAACGGCUGCAGGUACCGCCAAUAAGUACGAUAACGGGCGAAACACUAUUGGAUCGGAAUUAUCGACGGAUCUUCGUUUGAAAUACAACGCUGAAUCUGGCGUUGAACUUUCCGAUUUCCGUAGCAGUAAUAUGAAUGAGACUUCCGAUUUUCAAGGACUGGAUAUGAGCUCUCGUGCUAGUCUGUCUUCAAGCUACUCGCACAGCAACUUCCAAGUUCCUUCCACCGGGACAAAUUUGAACUUUAAUCGUUACCACCAUCAUAUCUACGAUAUACUGAAUGAACGUGAACAACAUCAGCAACAACAGCAGCAACAUCAACAACAAGAGUUUCACCUUCAACAACAACAGCAUCAACAACAGCAACAGAUGCAACACAUGAUACAAGAUCAUAUAGGACAGGAAAGCGAACCGGACCAACCUGCAUCGGUUGACCUGAGUAGAACCUCCAAUUAUCUUGUGCCGUCACCGCCAUCUCCCGCCAUUCCCUACUCUCAUCCCCAUCCGGACAUGAUCCGCAUGGUUUCCUUGGAUUUAAGCUCGAACAGUGGUGGCAAUAUGAUUGUCGGCAACACUCCCCAUCACGUUCGGCAUCCAUCGUUUUUGUCUUCGCAGAUUCAGCACUCGAAUCGUGAUUCUUUACCAGAUCACCAUCGAUUGCUGGCCAGCGAGCAGCUUGCCGCCACUAAUCAUCGUCUUCUGGUCGAUCCUACCGCUCACCUAAUCUUUGAGCAAAAUAAUCGCUUACUAGCGGAAACUCCUGGUCCAUCGCCAGCCCCACCACGGCAUGUAGUAUCUCCGCAAAGAGGUUUCGGAGCCUAUCACCAUCAUCACCAUCAUCAUCAGGUGAGCUCCGCUUCCGGCUAUCACCAUCAUUCAGUUAAGCAGAAUCUUACCUCUCCGCCGUUAAAUCAGCACGCUUCAGCUGCUACCGCGAACUACCACCCUUUUCCGACUUAUUACUAA